AUGGCUUUGAUUGCCAAUAAAGCCUAUUUGGGUCAUCGCACCAAAAGAAGAAAAACAUCAAAUUCAUUACCGGAUUGGCCCGGACUUCCCAUUGACUUGUGGGAAUCAAUCCUGACCCGAUUGUCUGUCGUCGACUUGCUUGGUGCCGCAGCAGUAUGUCGUUCUUGGUGCUCUCUUGCAAAAGCCCGAAUAUCAUCACUAGAGAGUCCACUGUUUGAUCAACCAUUGCUCUUGCUUCCUGGUACUGAUCAAGACAAUAAAAUUAGGCGUUGCUUAUACAAUUUUGCAGAGAAAAAAACCUACAAGCAGCUGAUAAAAAUCCCAGAAGACUUGGUUAAUUGCAAAGGAUCAUCCCAUGGGUGGUUGAUUUUUUUGGACCCAAAAGCAAUCCCAUACAUCUUCAGUCCAUUCUUGGAGGUUUUGAUUAAACUUCCUCCUUUUCGUGUUACCGGUGAAGUUUGCAAAACAAGCAUUGAUUCCUUCUUUGUCCGGAAUAUUAAGAAAGGUGUUCUGUCAUCAGCCCCAAUUCAUUGUGACAACUAUUGGGUUGCAGUAAUAUAUGGUGCAAUUGUUUCAAAGCUUGCCUUUUGGAAGUGUGGAGGCAGUGAAUGGACUGCCCUUGACAGUGCACAUCAAUGCUAUUGUGAUAUCAUAUCCUACAAUGAUCAUAUUCUUACUUUGGGUGAAACAGGUUCAGUUGAAAUGUGGGAUUUCAAUAAUUCUUUACCACAAAAAAAGAUGGAAAUUCAACCCAUUUUUCCUGAGAAAAAGUUGAAAUUUGAAAAGUCUCUUGGAGAUGAUCUUUAUACUAUUCAAAGUUACAUUGUGGAAUCAAAGGGUGAUCUUUUGCUUAUUUUGAGGUAUAUUGGGAAUCAUGUUCGCUGGGAUGGUGUGGUUGUUCAUGAGGCCGAUCUUCUUGAUGAAGAGAAUCAAUGCUGGAUUUGUCCUCACCUGACAAAAUUGUUUCAUGUUUACAAGUUGGAUUUCAGUCAGAAAAAAUGGGUAGAACUAGUAUCAUUAGGCGAUAAUCAAAUGUUGUUUCUGGGUACAAAUCAAUCAGUGUCACAUUCAGCAAAGAGUUUUCCAUAUUGUAAAGGAAAUUCGAUUUACUUCACUAAUGAGUACUAUUGUGAUCGUUUGGGUGAAAAUGACAUAUAUGGUCAUGACACGGGCAGGUUUGACAUGGAGAAUCAGAUUAUAGAACUUAUUAACGAAGAUAAAGAUGAUUGGCAAAAAAUUGACCCAGCACCCAUUUGGGUUGUUCCCAAUCUAUGCUAG